AGCAAACUCCCGAUAUACUUCUACAAAGCCUUGCCACACUAUAUUUUUACCCUUAAACUAGUCUCCAAAAAUGGUCUCCACAAACCAUAUGUUACAAUUCAACACCAAGAGAAUUACAAUGAUCAUUUAUAAAUACCGCAUAGAAAAGUACUACUAUUCUAAAAAAUUCGGGAAUUACUGCUGCCGUUUUUAAUAAAUAAAAAAGAAUAUUUUUGAAUAGAAUCAUUCAAUAGCUUAGUAAACACAGUUUUAUAUAUAAUUUUGUCUACCUUCUAAAUAAAUGAUUAAUAUUGGAAUAUGAAGAGUAUGAUUGUUUGAAUUACUGCAAUUGUUUUCAAUAAAUAAAUAGAAAAAAUAAUAUAAUUCAAUAGCUUAGAAAACAGAGCAGCUUUGAUUCUUUUUUGUAUACCUUCUAAAUAAAUUACUAAUAUUGUAUAUUAAAGAGAUCGGAGAAUGAAUUAAUCCUUUGAACCUAUUACCUUCUGAUUAUUACGAAUUAAAAUUGAUAUAUAAAACAUAUCGAUAUUCAUUUGUUAUAUAAAGUUAAAAUCGAUAUAUGAGUGAUGUAAAGUAUCAGUUUGGAUCUGUACCUUUCAUCUCUGUAGCUUAAAUUGCUUAAAAACAUUCAAAUUUACCAUUUUGGGCAAAUUCCGCGCUGAAUAAAAAUUCUAAAUAGCGAAUAGAAAAUGUUUGGCAGCAAUGAGGCCGGCUACACGUAAACGUGCUUGGAAUAAUUCAGCAUUUUCUUAUCAAUCAAAAUUUGACUCAGUGCAAACCGAAAAUGUUACUCAGAAGAAGGAAAGUAACGUUGCUGAUGAUAAAAAAAUAGUUGAAAACAAAACAUCAAAUAAAAGUCCGCAAACAUCAAAAACUGUUUCUCCAUCGUCAAGAAAUAAUUCCAAUUGGAUUGAUAAAUUUAAACCGAAAACAUGUGAAGAGGUUGCUGUGCAUCCGAAAAAAUUGGCAGAAUUGAAAGACUGGUUAUUGCAUUGCGAAGUCGUGCACAAACAACAUCCUGCACAAAUUUGUCUCCUUACCGGGCCAUCAGGUUCGGGGAAAACCGCAGCUGUACGCGCAUUGGCGCGUGCGCAAAAAUUUGAACUACAAGAAUGGAUUAACCCGGUAGACUGUGACAUGAUUAACACGUUAGGUGAUCAGACGAGUAGCUAUACUGGUUCACAAAUUGAUUUUUUUAAAUCGUUCCUAUUUCGUUCGUCUCGCUAUAAAUCGUUACUAGGCAGCCAAAAGCGACUGGUGCUAGUGGAGGAUUUUCCAAACAUGAUACUUUCUAGUGUCGACACAUUUGAAGAUAUUUUAGAAGAAUUUUCUAAGUAUGGAAAGGCGCCACUUUUAUUCAUCGUAGCUGAUUCAAAAAGUCGUUCCUUAAAUAUAAGUUAUAAUCUCUUUACCGAAGAUUUAAAAAAUAAGUACCAUAUUAAUCAUAUUAGUUUCAAUCCGAUUGCGGUCACUUUGCUCCAAAAGGCGAUGAAGCGAUUUUGUGCGUUAAUGAGAGAACAACAGUUCUCUGAUACCUAUAAAGUGCCUUCGGAGACCAUAAUAGACUCAAUUGUAUUUGCAGCCCAAGGCGAUAUACGCAACGCACUCAUAAAUCUACACUUUGCUUCCUUGAAAGGAGCAGGAGCUUUGCCUACCGAGCGUGUAGAAUCUUGUGAAAUUAAAGGAAAAUCUAAAAAGAAAUUAUGCACAUUAAAAACAAUUUACCGCGAUGAGUCUGUUACAAUGCUGCACGCCUUAGGAAGAGUGUUUAAUCCUAAACGCUUGUCCAACGGCAAUUUCACCCACAAACCAGAAGAUAUAAGCGACAGCUUUGCCUCCGAACCAAAACGAUUUAUUGAUCUUAUACACGCUAAUUAUUUGCCACAUUUUAAGGAAAUCGAACAUGUAGUUGAGGCAGCCAAUGCCUUGAGCAUCGCCGACAACAUUAUCACCGAAUAUCGUGAAGAAGCCCUAGCACCAACUGCACUCAAUUUAGCUGUGCGCAGCAUUAUGCAAGCAAAUGAGAGUCCAGUUACUGCUUGGAUGCCCAUACGGGCAGCAAGACGUAGCCACCAAGAUCUGUGUAAACCCCAAAAAAUCUCCGGCAUAUCUAAUAACUUAUAUGCAACAGACUAUGGUAGCUAUGUGCAAAUUAUUAAAGGCUCCAAAAAAAUGUAAAAGUGAACUCCACCAUCAUUAAAGCAAUAGAAAUUUUAGUUUAUUUAAUUUGGUAAGAAUCUUAUUUAUUUAAAUCGUGGGGCAUUAAGUUUCUUCUUAAUAAUGUAUCAAUGUAUACUGUAUGCUUUACUAUUUGGUAUUGGUUUGUGUUAUGAUUGAGCAUUAUUACAUUUCCUUAAUAUAUACACACAUAUAUGUAUGUACAUAUGUAGGGAUAGCCUAGUGAAACAACAUUAAAUAUAAUACAUUUCUAUUUUUAUUAUGUAUAAAACGCAUAUAUUUAUAUGAACGCCAAAAAUUAAUUUCGAAAAUGCUUUAAAUACUUACAUAGAGAUAAUGUAAUCCUAUAGUAGUUGAACAACAAAUGCUUCGUUUGAUGAAGAUAUAUUUUAAAUUAAAUGUAACUAAUUAAGCGAAAUUCACAGUCGGUAAAUGCAUUUUUUAUAAUUUUCAAAUUUCUUAAUUGCUAGAAAAUAUAAGCGCUCACAACUUUAAAUAUCAAAUAAUUGUAUCUAUCAAUAUCCGUAUUCAAUUCUAGCACAAGCCAUAAUAAGAUCGACUAGUCAAAAUGGCACUUGAAAUUAUUGAGCAGAGAAUAUGUUUUGCAUAACACUUAGAUAAUAAUUAUAUAAAAAAAUAUAAAAUGCCGAAUCUGUGGUGGUGAAGGUAACUUAUAUACAUAAAUAAAUACAUAUAUUUAGCAGA